UUCGUUGAAAGGUGAUCAUUGGCCGGCCGCCGACGUUACUGUUCGCAAGCCAACAAUAAACAUUGUGAUCCAUGACUUACAAUGGAGUAAAAUGUGACGAAUUUUUGGAAUAGUUGGUAUACAAACGCGUGACUUAGGUGUACGUGUGAAGAGAAACUUUACAGCCGGUCUCUUUACUUGGAGUUGGUGUUCAAAAACAUUUUCUGUCGAUCGGAGAGGUUUGGUUUGGUUUCACUGACGACUUUGCCGAAUCCAGAGUAUCGAUACGUGUACUCAUGUUGGCACAGCGGGAGGUGUGGCGAACGAGAGUGAGUAACCGACCAGUUGCCUAAGUGGAGUUAUUUGCUCUGUGGAAUACGGUUUUUCCGAUCGGAAUUCUUGUGGGAAAGCAACAACUGCUGCAAGCUAAGCUGAAGGAAAGAUCAUUGUAAUGGUCACGGGUUUGAUGAGAAGUCCAAGCAGUGUAUAUAACUUCCCUCUAACUGCAGUGCUUCACGUCUGGCAUUGUCAAUGCUGCCAGUUUUACCAGAGAAUGCAUCCCCACAGGCCCCCAGCCUUCCCCCGCCCCCACCGCCCCCCCACCGGGAGGGGGAUGUAGGCGGAAAGGGGGGAAGCCCCUCCCCUGGGAAGGGGAAACAGAACGGUUCCCCGACUACGGAGUCCAGUAAGCACCACUUCCACAUUGAGUUGCCAGCGGUUGUCAAGGAUCCCAAAACCGGAAAGUCCUACCAGAGGGGUCGUCUGCUUGGGAAGGGUGGUUUUGCCAGGUGCUAUGAGCUCAUCGACUUGGAAACCCGACAAAUUUAUGCGGGCAAGAUUGUGCCCAAGGCUCGCAUCGCCAAGCCGAUUCAAAUGGAGAAGAUGCAGCGAGAGAUCCACGUUCACUCCCUCCUCAAACAUCCCAACGUGGUGGGCUUCCACAGUCAUUUUGAUGACGAGGACAACAUCUACAUCAUCUUGGAACUAUGCAGCCGAAAGUCUUUGGUCCAGAUGCUGAAGUUGCGGAAGACCUUCACGGAGCCGGAGGUGCGCUACUUCAUGAAGCAGAUCAUCGAGGGAGUGCGUUACCUGCACAGCCACUGCGUGCUGCACCGGGACCUCAAGCUGGGUAACAUGUUCCUGACAGACGACAUGGGGGUCAAGAUCGGCGAUUUUGGGCUGGCCGCUAAGCUGGAGUUUCAGGGGGAUCGCAAAAGAACUAUGUGCGGGACUCCCAACUACAUUGCCCCUGAAGUCCUGGGCAAGAUCGGGCACAGCUUUGAGGCAGAUGUUUGGGCACUGGGUUGCAUACUAUACACCAUGCUCGUAGGCAAGCCACCAUUUGAGACCACAUCCCUCAAGGAGACGUACUCCCGGAUCAAGCACAACAAGUACAUUAUCCCCGACCACCUCUCCCCGGGGGCCAAGUCCAUCAUCACGGCCCUCCUCUCCUCCGACCCAGAUGAGCGGCCCCCGCUGGAGGCCAUCCUGGACCAUCCCUUCUUCACCGAGGGCUACGUCCCGGAUUCCCUGCCCCCCAGCUCCUGCACCACGGCCCCGACGUUCCCUGUCACCAAGGUGCUGAUCAGCGACAGCACGGGGGGGAUUGUGACCAACGACUUCUGCCGGUUGAAGCGGGAGAGCACGCUGCAGCGUCGGGAUGUGACGGCCCCCUUGGCCCAGCUCAAGAUGUAUUCGGACGGGAACGUCCCCAACACAAAACCAAAGUCUUCCUCAAGCGGAGCUGGUGCCAAGCAAGCAAGCACACCAAAGCUACGGACGAAGCACAACCAUGGGUCCAGGCCCAAGAUGCCCGUCACGACGGCACUAAAAAAUGUCAUGUCAACAGUGUCAGAGAAGAAAGCUGUCGUGAGCAGACCAUGCACUCCCGUUGCCAUAGAGACCGUCGCGGAGAUGCUGCAGACAUGCUUAGAACACUUGCCAAAGGGUGAGAAUCAGGGUACCAGCAAGUACAGGCCCCAACCGGGGGAGGUGCUGUGGGUCACCAAGUGGGUGGAUUACUCCAACAAGUACGGCUUUGGCUAUCAGCUCUCUGACCGGACCGUCGGGGUCAUGUUCAAUGACAAGUCCCGCAUUUCCUUCUCUCCAGAUCGGAGUUCAGUGCAAUACUUAUCCACAGACGACAAGGCUCAUUCAUUCAGCCUCUCGUCCGUUCCCUCGCGGCUGUCAAAGAAGGUCACCCUCCUGGACUACUUCUCAACCUACAUGGACGAACACCUCAUUAAGGGGCCAUCGUCAGAUCUUGCGAGCCCAACAUCACCCAUUGGAGAUUUGAAGGCGAGCGAAGCCAGCGAGUGCGCCAUACGUUCCCCGUCGCCCAAGAGGAAGGGAACAGACCAGUCACAGGCUGGGGGCACCCUCCAGCCGUGCCCGUACCUUGUGCAAUGGAACCGCACCCCAAAGGCGAUAGCGAUGUAUCUCAGUAACGGAACAUUCCAGAUGAAUUUAUUCGAUGACCACACCAAGCUGGUCCUGAACCACAAUGACAGCGACCACCUCAUCACCUACAUCAACGAGGAGCGCCUGGCCAGCACCUACCGGAUGGUCCAGGUCACGCACCACGGCUGCUCGGAUGCCAUCACCAAACGACUUCACUUGGCCCGGGAGAGGAUGCGGGAGAUGAUGGGCGUGGUCAGCGAUGCGUCGGAGGAGGAAGUGGAGGAAAGCACCGACCUAUAGGGGGAAAGGGCCAUGGGCAAGGGCAGGGCUGGACAUUACUGGGGGUAGUCAGAUGGAGGAAGGGGAAAUGGGCUGUGCCAGUAUUGGGGGGGGGUGGAUGAAUAUUAAGGUUUACAGCUAAAGAACUGUGGGAUGUUGUAGGAAGAGCUGAGAAGUUUGUAGAGGAGUCUGAAAAGGAAAAUUGUAGUAAGAAAUGGUGGGUGUGGCUAAAGAUACAGGAGGGGGUGAGAAUCCUUCAGGAUUAUAAAAAAGAGGAAGGGGCAUGGUGGAUUGAGCUUUCUCAUUGUGGGAGGUCGAGGAAAGGGCAGAUAUUUGGUGAAGGGGGAAAGUCUAUGGGCAUGGCCAUCAGUGUAUUUGGGGGUGGAAGGCUUUGAGGAAGGUAACAAAACAGUUAGUGGGCUGUGUUGUACCUGACAUUGAGAGUGGUUCCAAAGUUGAGCAUAAUUGCCGAAUGUGCAUGCAUCAUGCGAAAGAUGGUUUUACUCCAUGGCUUAGUACCUAAUGGAGAUUAUCUGGUUAUCCCUGAGAUGCAGUUCAGCAAGGAAUGCCCCCCCCAUUCCUCCAAAAUUCUCUACUUUGGAGGCACUAUCAAAGGGCAUCAAGCCCCAUGUGAAGUAACAGUGGCUGAGCUCUACCUUACUCAACAUCAUCCCAAAUCCUCCAAACUUUGGAGCAAACUUUGAACCACCUGGUAGUGCUUAGUAGCAUCAUUAAGCUCUCCUUUGCCCAAAUUUUACAUGCAACCAAAUUUUCUUUCGCGAAUUGAUGGUCCUCUAAUCUUAUUCCAACCGAAGAACUGUAUAAAUUGUAUGUAACUGAAUUGAAAUUACAGAUUGCUUGUGUAAUUUUUCUGUGAUAAAACUUACAAGAUGCAGAUUUUAUUGACGAUUUUUUUCCUGAAAGUGUAAGAGCUGUGUGUUCGGUUCUUUCCUGACUUCUACCGUGCAAUGUUUUUGAAGGGGAAAAUGCUACACUGAAUACUGUGUGUAAUCUGGAAAUGUUGAAGUGUAAUCCCCUUAAUGCCAAUUAAUCGUUCAGAAAAUUCUCCAAAAUCUAAAAAUCCAAAACUAGAAUUAUGCCAGACCUGCAAAUCUCACUCCAGCUUUAAAAGGAAAAAAA